AUGGCGACUUCUGUACGGAGUGGAAUCAAAUUGGAAGGGUCUACAGGUACCGGUUCCCAAAUUAGUACUAUAACUGUGGUAACUGCUGGUGGAGUUGGUCAAACGCUCGUUGUACAACCAGUACAACAGGCUUCUGUUGUGCGUACAUCAAUAGACCAGGUAUUAAAUGUUUAAAGAUAAAACAAAAAUAAUUAUAUAUUUAAACCUAUUUACUUUCAGAAUGUAAAUAGUAAUAGACAACUGGAAAAUGCCAUAUUAUGUGGUACUAGUCCAGUACAUGAUGAUGGAUCUGAUAAAUCAUUAGAUGACGAUGAACAUAACAUAGAUCAUAAAGAUCGUAGUGCUUCUACUGUUACUGUCGAUAAUAGUCAUUAUAUUGUGGCAGCAUCGGGUGAGUUAAUCAAUUACUUUAUCUUGUUAUAGAAUUAAAAUUGUAUUUAUUUAUGAAAAAUGAAGGAUUUUUAAUUAUAAAUUUUAAAAGAUCAAAAUAAUAUAUUUAAGGAUGGGUCUUUGUCAGUUUUUAUCAGUUCCAAUAUGAUGAUUCUCGUAAAGAAUUUAAAGAUAUAUUUUACUAUACAAAAUGUAGUUUAAGUAUAUUUUAACUUUUUUAGUUAAUUAGUAGAGAAUUAUUUGACCCAUCCCUACAUUCUUAAUUAUUUAGUUAACUUGUAUUUUUAUUUUUUAAUAAUAGUCCUCUAUUUUUCAUCAAAAUUGCAUAUUAUCAUAUAACAGUUUAAAAAAAUUACACGCUUACAAUUAAGAAGGGACUCAAGGACGAUCUUAUACUUCUCUUACACCAGUACCAACAUUGGGUAAGACUUGUAAUGAAAUAUUUAUUUUAUUUUUCAUUUCAAAUUCUUUAUUGUAUGUUUUCUUUGUUCCUUUUUAGUAUUUUACAUUACCUUCUUAGAUCAUGUAUAACUAUUUAUUAUUUAUUUUGCUUAAAAGACUUUUCCACUUAUGCAGAGUUUUUACCAAAAAUAAAUUGUAAUCAUAUUAUACAUCAUAUGCAAGCAGAGCCCUAUCAUAGCGUUGCCGGUGGCAACAAAAUUAGUAUAAACAAUAGAUAUUUUUUCCCCUUAUAACAAAAGAAAACCAGAAAUCAAUAAAAAUAAAUAAAUUUGGUUUUAACUGUAGCAACCUAUAACUAAGUAUAAACAUUUGAAUAAAUAAUUUAAGUAAAAUAACUAUCCCAAUUACAACUAUUAUAACUAUUACACUUUUACAUUUUUUGUAACUACUGUAAACAAAAAUCAAUUUCAAAUUUUAAAAAUACAUAUAGAGCACCCAUAGAGAAAUAUUAAAAAUUUUAAAUAACAUUUUUUUUAGUAAUUUUAGAAUAUUCCUUGUACUUUUCUUAAUAACUGAGGAACAUUAGGAAUUAAUUUUGGAAAAACAGGAAUAUUUACACAACAAUCAUUUAUUAUUUUCAAUUUGGUUUUUUUUAUUAUCCAGUUAAAAAUAAUUGAAGGAUCCUAAAAUGUUAACAAAAAAAAAUAAUGUAAGCCCUUUUUAGAUGUGUUUUUCAAAGACAUUCUGUGAUAUUUGAGCCAUUUAUAGCAGUUGUUGAGUUUUUAGUUUUUAUUUGGUGUUUUAUGUUAAAUAAGUUGUUUUGGUCAUGCAAAAAUGAUCAAACUCAAUUAAUUAUAAGUUGUACCUGGUAGUUAAAUAAAAAAAUUGAGUUGUAGUGGAGUAGUUUUUUAUAAUUCUUCUUAGGUCAAAUUUUGACAUAAAUAGUACAAAUUGUGGCUUUAAAAUAUUCUUUUUUUAUUGUUUAUAAGUUUAGUCGAAUUUUGCUUAGAUUGUUUGAUUAGCAAUUACUAGACGUAAUUAUAAAUUAAAUUACCUUAUAUAUCCUACAGUUUAUUUUUUAAUUAUGUUUACUACACUACUUUUUGUAGUAAGUUACGUCUGUAAAGUCAGUUUAUAGCUCCUUCAUUUAUUUUUUUAUAUUUUUUUUUUUUUUUAAUCUACUUUGAUUUCUUAUAUGUUUAAAAUAUAUUAUGUAUCAUUGGUAUUAAUUUAAAAUUUGUUUAUAUAACUUAAAUAAUUUGAUGUAUAUUAUUUAGUUCCUGAAACAGAAGCUGUUGGUUCUGAUGAUGUUGGCCAUUCUACAUAUGUACAGUAUGUUGAAGGAACUGGUGAACACUCAAUUUUUACAAAUGGACAAAUGUAAUGUAUUUUUCAAAACAAAAAAAAAAACUAAAAUUGUAUACAUUUUUUAUUUUCAGGGCCUACCCAGUUUAUACUGUGGGGGAGAGUGGAACAAUGUAUCAAACUGGUCAAACUCAUUAUUAUACUCCAAGCACAAAUUCUUAUUCUCAAGUAAAUAUUGACUAUUUAUACUAAUAUUUAUGUGUAUAAUUACUAGUGAUGUUACAAAUCAUUAAUUUUAAGGUUGAACUGAUUCUUUUUUUAAACUAUUAAAUUAUUACCAAAAAAAAAUAUUCAAAUAUGAUGAAAUAAAAUAAAUUAAAAUAUGAAAAUCAAAAGAUUAAAAUUCUUGAAUAUGUUAUGUUAGCUACAAUAUGUACAGAGGUACAACAGUUUUAUAUUUGUCGUGGCAUAGUUUUUUGAUAGCAAAAAAAAUGUCAUCCAAAUUUUACUGAAAAAAAUAACGUUUAGUACAAAUUAAUAAUAAACUAAUAUGAAAUCUAUUGAAUUUGUUUAUUACAAGAGAUAGAGAUAGGAUGUAGAUGACCUAAAAAGAAAAAAAUAAUUAAACAAUUUUGAAUUGUAUAAACCUCCUCUUGUUAAAUUUCUAGCAUUUCUGUUAGGUCAAAGAAUUUUAUCCACUGAGUAACCUACUAAAUAAAAAUAACAUAAAAACACUUAAAAUUAAAAUAUUUAUAAGUAGCUCAAAUAUUUUGAAAAUUUGAUUACAUCUAAAAAAGCAUUUUUGUAAAUUUUCCCGUCCUUUGUAUGUUUUUUCGGUUUUGCUUAGUAUUAAAAAAACUAUACAAACAAUUAAAAAACACUUCUCUAAUGCACCAACAAGAUAAAAUUUCUUUUUCAAAAAUGUGUUACAUUCUGUACAUUAGAGUAAGAUUUCUUUUUGAAAAAUUAUUCACAGAUACUAAAAAAAAUACAUCAUAGAAAAACCAAUAUAUUCGAAUAUAAAACUUAUUAUAUAUAUAUAAAAAAUAUUUAUAUUGUGAAUCUAUGAAGCAUGAAACAAAUUUUUAGCUUAGGAUAAAAGAAGGAAAAAAAUGCAAAAGUUAUCAAUAUCAUAUUUCUAUUUAGUUAUAUUUCAAUGAAAUGGGGUGAAUUUUUAAACCUAAUCUCAGGUUUAGUUCAAAGUUCAAACAAUUUGUAAUAUCACUAAUAAUUUUCAGUUUUGAUAUACAGAUGGUCUAUAAAUCCUAAUCAAAAUUCUUCAUUGAAUUCUUGUAUCGUUAUUUAUUAUAAUUUAUUACAGUUUAUACAAUUAUUCAAUUCAAAUUAUUAUAUUAUAACAAUAAUGUAAAUAAGAUAUUUUUCAAUUGAUACUUGUAACUUAUAACCUUACUUUUUCUAUUAAAAAUCUUAAUGUUGUUUGUAAGUAUAUUCAGGAUAUUUUAUGGAUUAUUCUGUAUAUUUAAUUGAAUUGUACAAUUAUAAUAAUUACAUAAUGACAAAUAAAAUGCGAUCAAAAUGUUAAAGGUUACAAAUACCUUAGGCCAACCAACAUGUCAGGCACAAAUUAUUGGUAAUGGAACCUAUAUCAUACAACAGAAUGUUGACAAUGAUCAUAUUAUUACCACCACUCAAAGGGACAGCCCGAAUUCCGCUAUAUCUUCGGUAUUAAAAUUUAAUAAAAAUAUGCUUCAAUCAAUGCGUGUUAUGUGUUUAAAAUACUGCCUGUGAUUUUAUAAUUUUUUGCAAAAAUGUUUUUUAAUUGACAUGUAGUAUAAUCUUUAUUUAAAUUUUUUUUUUUUUUUAAGGAUGUGUCUUAUCUUACAGUCAAUGCCACUGAUUCUGGAACAGCGAAUUCUAAUAUCGAUCAACUAAAUGGUGUUGAUUCAGAUGGAGGAAUGCAAAGUUCUGGUCUAAUACACGCCAAUAGAAUUUCUCCAGCCACUGUAAGUAAAUUGAAAAAAUUUGUUGCAAUGAGCCAUUCUGAAAAAUGUUUUAAUAGGUCAAUUGGCUGAUGGAAAAUUAUGAAAUGGCUGAAGGUGUAUCAUUACCACGAUCAACAUUAUAUAACCAUUAUUUAACACACUGUUCAGAAACUAAAAUUGACCCUGUAAAUGCAGCAUCAUUUGGUAAACUCAUUCGGUCUGUAUUCAUGGGAUUACGUACACGACGUUUAGGAACCCGGUAUUGUACUUUGGCAUAACAUUACAGAUAAUUAUAAAAAAAUGAUUUUAUUCACAAUUUGUUUUGUGUUUAGAGGAAAUUCUAAAUAUCAUUAUUAUGGUAUACGAGUUAAAGCUAGUUCAUUGUUGAAUGACUUUUCUAAUGAGGAGAGCUUACCAGGUCGAACAAAUCAAAGUAGUAGUUCAAAGAAAAUUAAAUUCAUUAAAACCGAAGAGCGUAACUGCAAUCAAUAUACCACAAACAGUUCAGACUCUGCUAAUUGUUCUCAAAAUAGUAUUCCAUCUUCUCCACAAACCCAAAACCAAGAAUAUUUAGGUGAUGGUGCUAAUGCUGUACCAGAAUUUCCCGAUAUUAUUUUAGAUGAAAUUCAAUUGGAUGACAAUUGUACUUUAGAAGAUGUAGAUACAUUUAAAAAUUUAUAUCGUGAACAUUAUGAAGUAAUUGAUUUUAAUUUAUCAUUUAUCGUUUUAUUUAUUUAUUUAUUUUUUUGUUUUGUUUCUAUAGGCAUUUUUAGGUGCCAUUUUAAACUUGGAAUUUGGCACUGUUGAGUCUCUGUGGCGUGAAUUUUGGCGUAGUCAAGAUAAUAAUAAUGAUGAAUGUGAAGAGGAGAAGUACUUAUCUAAAGAAAAGUUAUAUUCCUUAUCAAAGUGUAAAACGUUGCAACUAUUUGUAAAAACAGUUGAUUUUCUAUUUUAUCAAAAUUUAGUGAAAGUUUUGAUUCCAGACGUUCUUCGACCUGUUCCUGGUAUGUGCAUUUUAUCUUUUAGUGUUAGUGAGAUAUAUUUAAUAUUACUAUUACACAAAAUACUACGUACAGGAACAUUAACUCAAGCCAUUAGAAAUUUUUCUAAAGGAUUGGAGUCUUGGCUUACUUCUGCAAUGCAAGGAUGUCCAGAAGAAAUGAUCUCAAUAAAAGUUAGUAUUAUUGUAUUUCAUUAUUACUUGAGUUUUAACUAUUAAUUAAAAAAUAAUUUUAGGUGACUGCUGUCAGUGCAUUUGCACAAACAUUACGUAGGUAUACUUCACUUAAUCAUCUUGCCCAAGCUGCAAGAGCCGUGCUUCAAAAUUAUACUCAAAUAAAUCAAAUGCUUGCCGAUUUGAACCGUGUGGACUUCCGUAAUGUACAAGAACAGGUAUGAUAAAAAAAUAAUAAUUAUUCCUAAAAUAUAAAACUAUUAACUUGGUUAAUCAAAAGGCUUCAUGGGUUUGUCAAUGUGAUUCAACAUUGGUUCAACAAUUGGAAGCAGAUUUUAAACAUACAUUGCAACAACAAAACUCUUUAGAAGAAUGGGCAAUAUGGUUGAAAAGUGUUGUUGAUAAUUGUUUAAAACAAUAUCGUGGUACACCUAAUUUCACCAAAGAAGCUAGACAGUUUUUACUAAAAUGGUCAUUUUAUAGGUAUGUUUUAAAAAAAAACAAAAUAUUAAUCAUAAAUUCUAACUUCUAUUAUUUAUGAUAGUUCAAUGGUAAUACGUGAUCUAACCUUACGCUCAGCUGCUAGUUUUGGUUCAUUUCACUUAAUACGACUACUGUAUGAUGAAUACAUGUUUUAUUUAAUAGAACAUGAAGUAGCUUCAGUCACAGGUGAAACACAGAUUGCAGUAAUGAGUUCACAAGAUAGCGUGAGUAUAUUUAAAUGAUUAUGUUUUAUUAUUAAUGUUUAUUGUUUAGAUUUAAUUAAUAUUAAAUUCUCACUUUUUAUUACCCUGAUUAUGAUUUAGUGUACAUAUUACAUUAUGAGUGUAGUGAGAAAUGUAUUAGUUUUAAUGUGUACUUUUUUUCUGUCUGUACAACUUUACAAUCUUGAUUAAACAAAAAUUAUUAAAAAUUAUUAUGAGGUUGAUUGUAAAUUAAGUGGUAGCUCAAUGGAGUAGGUAUUCUUAUACACAUUUUUAUGUUUAAAUUCUAAUGAAAGUCUUAUGACUUAAAAAUACAUUUAAGAAAACAAAUUUUGCUGAUGCAAAUGAUUAAUGAUUCUGUACAGAUAUAAAUAAAAUAAUUUUAUCUUUUUUACCUUUCCAACUUUCCACCUUCAACAAAUUAUUUACUCAUUAGCAAUAUCAACUUUUUUUUUUUUCUUAUAAUUUAUAUUGUAUGUAUUAACAAUAAAACAAAUUUUGAAAUAAGAAUUAAUUCAACAAAACUAUUGAAAUAUAGUAUUGCAAUGUACAAUUAUUUGGUUAUGUCUCUCUUAGUAAUUAUUAGAUUAUAAGUAGGCAAAAUUAAUAUUACCUGUUAAUAAUAUUAUAUAAGUUUUUAGAGUAAUCAAAGUAAAAUACCUACGUUUAUUAACAGAAACAUCAUAAAUUGUGAAUGACAUUGUAUUGGAUAAUAUGGAUUAUGAUGACUGUAUUUUGAUGGAUUAUUGUACAUACGAGAAAAAAUAAUACUCUAUUAGAAUAAUUUAUAUUAUCCAAUACAUUCAUAACUAAUGAGUGGUGGUGUACAUCAGUAAUUUGAACUGGUAAGCGUCAAAAAAAAAACUUAAAAUACUGUUAUAAUUUACAUGUCUAUGUACAACGUUAUCUUAAUGUAUUUCUUAAAGCUCAAAACAGUUUCCAACUAUUGUUUUAACUUGUGGUCACUUUGCCUUACCACACCCAGUCAUGUUUACUAUAAUGAUGCAGACCUGGUUAUCAAAAUUCUGAACGCUUUUGUCAAUAUUUUGUAUACUUAUAUAAUAAAUUUAAUAUCUUAAAUUUUUUUUAAAUUAUUAAUAUAAUGCAGUAUAUAUAUCCAAAAUAAAAAAAACCUAUAUUAAAAAUAUGACAUAUUGCUUAUUGACAUAAAUGAAAUUUAUUUUAUUAUUUUUUGAGCAUGCAGCACUCACUUGACCUAACUGCAUACCGCUGCUUAUGAUGUUUCUAUAAUAGCCAGGAGGUCUUUACUAAUCAAAAUUGUAUAUUAUUAUUAUUAUUUACAAUUUUCUUAUAAACAGCUAUAAUUAUAAUUAAUUGUAUAAUUGUAAAAAUUUGAUUUUGUUUUAGAAAACUACUUUACCUACAGUUCUGAUAGACUUUGAGCCAACUGAAUACACUACUACUUGCAAUGGAAAACGCAUGAAAAUUAAUUAG